UCCCCUUCUCUCUUCGCCGUCCUCCUUCAUAGACAGCGAUGUCAAUGCUCGCUCGCGCUGCCUCCCGCCCAUCGCUGGUGCGCGUUGCUCCGGUUGUCGGUGCGGCGCCGGCUGCUGCCCGCAACAUGGCAACGCUCCGAGAAAUCGAGCUUCGGUUGAAGUCAGUCAGGAACAUCGAAAAGAUCACCAAGUCCAUGAAAAUGAUUGCCUCGACGAAGCUGGCUCGUGCGCAGCGCGCGAUGACAUUUGCCAAGUCGUACGGCAUUGCCAAUACUUCAAUCUAUGAGCACUCCGAGGCCGAGAAGACCGAGACCGAGGGAAAGAAGAAGAAGCUCUUUAUUGUGAUAUCAUCCGAUCGUGGCUUGUGCGGCGGUAUCCAUUCAUCCGUGUCCAAGGCCACCCGCAGGGAGAUCGAAAACGAUGAGGACAGCACAGUCGUCGUGCUCGGAGACAAGAGCAAGGCCCAGCUCUCGCGCCAGCUGCCCGGGAAAAUUGCUCUCACCUUCAACCAAAUCGGAAAGGAUAUCCCCACCUUUGCCGAUGCUGCGGUGAUCGCCGACCAGAUUGUGAAGAGUGGUAUUGAGUACGACUCUGUUUCCCUGGUCUAUAACAAAUUUGUCUCCGCAAUCUCAUAUGAGGCGGCUGUCAUCGAGGUGUUCUCUGAGGAGACACUCAAGAACUCCCCGAACUUCCGCGUUUAUGAGAUGGAAGACGACGUAACACGGGAUUUGUCCGAGUUCGCCCUCGCUAAUGCCAUCUACGCCACCCUUGUCGAAGGUCAUGCUUCUGAACAAUCUUCGCGCCGGAAUGCAAUGGACAACGCAUCUAAGAACGCCGGUGAGAUGAUCAACUCACUCACCAUGCAGUACAAUCGUGGUCGCCAGGCCGCUAUCACCAACGAGCUCGUCGACAUCAUCACCGGUGCAUCUGCCCUGUAAAAAUCGACAUGGGACUCCCUGGUAUGGUUACAGCGGUGUAGAUGGAUCCCAAAAACACUGUCUAAAUAUUCCAAAUAAUAUCCAAUUUCUGGAUCUCGGAAUCUGCCUAGCUCAGAACAACAUGAAGUCC